AUGGAUAGACUGGCGUCGUGUCAUGCAAUGCAUGGCUUUUUGAAUGUUUAUGCGUAUCGCAGGAAGGGUCAUAUCCAUAGUAAUUGCAACAAUAAUAAUAUGAAAUCGCACAUAAGAUCUCGUUCGUUAUCAUCCUCUAAUCAUCGCGGUAUGAUAACACCACCACGCCAUCCAGCUAAAGGCAUCAUUUCACCAAUUGCAUCGCACAGAAGACAUUCAGUAAAAAAACUGAAUGAGAUGAAAUUGAUAUUACAAGUGAUGGAUUAUGAUCGGUUUAGCCAUGACGAUCCCAUCGAUGAGAUUCUUCUACUGAUGAAACAUGUGAAGCUCGAUAAAAGUCCUGUUCACUGCACACAUCUCCAGAAACCGACUGUUAGUAAGGAGUGUGUUGGUGAAUUGAUGCUGUCGCUAUGCUAUUUGCCAGACUCUGAUAGAAUAACAGUCAAUGUGGUCAAAGCAAGACUUGUGCCAUCCAAAGACUACUUCGGUAAUUCGGAUCUUCAUGUAAAAUUGUGGUUAGUAAAAGAGGGUGAUAGGCUGGAGAAACGAAGGACAACUGUAAAGUCGCACACAUUAACACCUGUCUUCAAUGAGUCCUUCGUUUUCAGUGUUCCAUCAAAGGAAACAAUUCUUAAUGAAGUUAAUCUUGUUGCAACGGUGAUGGAUUUGACGAACGGAAACGAUGAGGUUGGUCACAUUGUGAUUGGUGCAUUGGGAAACGAGACUGGAAAGCGGCAAUGGAACGACGUUCUGAGUCAACCUGAAACAACGGUGACCAUGUGGCAUAAGCUGUCGUCGACGUGGUGA